CGACACUUGAAACCGGAGGAGAAGGGGGCCACCGCUACCAUCAUCACCAUGAUGACGAAAACGGUGCGCGUGCGUGCGUGCGUGUGUGUAAACGUGUGUAUGUGUGUGUAUGUCUCGCUCCCCCUCUCUCUCUGUGUGUGGCGGCAGCAGCAGCAUCGCACCGAGGCUGAGUCCGCGCUUUACUGGACCAGAGUCACAGUUUCCUAGAAGGAGUUUGUCCAGUGGAAACGGAGCCCGAUACCACGAAGCUAACCCCGCUUCAUUUACCGUUGUGUUCGCAGUUAGGAGGUUCGGCUCCGCGGGCUUCCAGCCAGGGUCGAGUGCCAGGCUCAUAAUGUUGAUGCGUUAACACCAAACUUGAGUUCCUAAAGCACUUGUAGAGCUUCAUGUAAAGCUGCUCCGAAAACUGGGGAGGUCUGUGUCCUCUGACCGCUGGGAGAAACAUCUGGCUAAGGUUUGCCAGGAGCUAAACAGCACUUGGGCUUGGGAGCUGGAACGGAAAGGCUACCAGGAGAUGUCCAUAGAAUGCAAGUCUAGUAUUCUCAAAUAUCUCUGCGAGUGUCAGUUUGAUGACAACCUCAAAUUCAAGAUGGCCAUUAAUGAGGAGGAUCCUGAGAAGAUGCGUCUGCAGCCCAUAGGCCGGGACCGCCAGGGUCUCAUGUACUGGUUUCAGCUGGACCAGGAGCAGAACAUCCGGCUCUACACAGAGGAGCAGGAUGACUUGGAUGGAUCCACGUGGACGUGCAUUGUCAGGACUCGUAAUGACCUGGCCGAGGCUCUGGAGCUGUUGAAGGCCCAAAUUGAUCCUUAUCACAAUAAGGAUUGUGACCGGAACCAGAACCAGGCUGAAUGCAGGAGCCCCAAAGACAAAGAUGCAGAGUUUGGAGCCAGGCGGGAAUCCAAACCUGAACCCUCCAUGAGCCCAGAGGAAGACACUGGCACUAAGAAGCUUGACCCUGCGAAGGAAGAGAAAUCUCUAAAAGUGCUAAAGCAGGAGCAGAUGCUGCCUAUUAAACAGGAACCCACUGAAGCCAGCGUAAAAGAAGAGAAGGACCACAGUCAGCUUGUGUUUGAUAACCGCGUGAGCACCAUCACCUCCAUCAGAUCAGAACCUAGGGAAUCCCAAACUCCCAAAAACGUUGUCUCUGUCGUCAUGGUGCCCAGCGUAGCGGUGACCAAGCAGGAAGUGAGCAAAAAAGAGGAGGCAGAACGGGCAGUCGUCAGAAGCAGUCAGCAGGCUAAAAUACCACUAAAGAAGAGGGAGCUUAAGCUUGCAGAGAGCUUCCACAGCAACCACCUGAAGAACAACAACAACAACAACAACUGCAGCAGCAGUAUUAUUGUUUGUAACCCAUCUGUGAUCCAGACUAAGGACACUCAUGGAAAAGAUGGGAAGUUGCUGAGCUCAUUGGCGCCUCCUGGUGGUCUAGUGUCCUUCCCACAGCAGCAUCCACGAGUAGCCACUGCCUCAAGGCAAGAACUGACCAACGGGAGAGAACCUCUCCUCCUCCCACACAAAGAGGGACAAAAUGGAGUCAUAGGCCAAGUGGGUGUAGUGGGUCACGUUGGGGUUAUUCGUAGCCCGUCUGAGCAUCACAGAAGCCUUGGUUCUGAUGGACUAAGUCUAGACCACACAGGGUGCAGAGGGGUGGAUGAGAGGGAGGUCGGUCGGCAGUCAGUACUAGUGAGGAAAGGACCUGUUGACAGGGAAUCACCAGAAGCAGCAACAGCUCUUCAUCCUCACACAGUGACUGAAGCUCAGACGGCUGGAAAAAUCCCUGAAGGAAUCAAGAUGAAAUCAGUCUGUGUAUCAUCUCAGUCAGACUUGACACAGGAAACCCAAAGACAGUCAGCAGAGGAGCAGUUAGUAAUGGGGAUGAAUAUUGGCCUCUUUGCUGAUCAGCAGAAGGAUGAUGACGUGGAGGAAGGCGAGGAGAAGCGUUACCAUGAAAGAAAUGAAAGCACUUUAGGAAAGGUGGAAGGAGAAUCAGGGAGCACAGGUCCACCACUCAAACUAGAGACAGAGCUCCAUGAAGAUGGGCUCAAUGGGAGAUUGGCAUCCCUGGUGCAGGUCAAGGAUGCUGGUGCAGAGGUGAGGCAGCGACCACUGGAGGAAGCCUCCUCUGAACUCCAGAAAGAAGGAAUCAGGCUAAAGAUUAAAAUCCCCCCUCACCGGAGAAAUAAGUUGAGGGGAAAAGGAACAAAGGAGGAAGACAAGGCUUUGCGCAGAUCUGCAAGGAUUUGCAGCUCAUCUGCUUUGCCAACCUGCAGGCCGAGCUCGAAGGCUGCGGAGAGCCAGACAAAGAAGCCGCAAAUGAAGCAGGUUCUGUCCAGCAGAUCAAGAGAGGAAGAUGAGGAGGAGGAAGAUGAGGAGGGUGAGCAGAGUCAAACAAUGAGGAGAGAGAGAAACAGUCAAGCUGUUGGUCAGAUAAGGAAGCAAAGGGGUAAACGGAGGCAUCGACGCCCUCGCUGGUCCAACAUCCGUUCAAAGAGGCGCCGACUCAGUGGGGGAGGAGAGGGGGAGGAAGGGGGGAAAAAAGGCGGAGAAGAGGAAAGCGAAGGGAGCAACUCUGAGGACUCGUGUAAAUCUGAGGAGCAUCCCAGUGAGGACGCCUGCACCCACUGUGGCCUGCCCAACCACCCUGAGCUGAUCCUGCUGUGCGACUCCUGUGACAGUGGAUACCACACAGCCUGUCUGCGGCCGCCACUCAUGUUGAUCCCAGAUGGAGAAUGGUUCUGUCCGCCAUGCCAACAUAAGCUGCUGUGUGAGAAACUGGAGGAGCAGCUGCAGAAUCUGGACAGUGCACUGAAGAAAAAAGAGAGAGCUGAGAGGAGGAGGGAGCGGCUGGUUUAUGUGGGAAUCAGCGUAGAGAACAUUAUUCCUCAGGGAGACGACGAGGAGGAAGAAGAGGAAAAGUCUGCCAAGAAAAAGGAUUCUAAAAAGAGCAAAAAUCUGGGAAGAAGGUCAACCAGGACCAGAAAACACAUCAGCUACAGGUUUGAUGAUUUCGAUGAUGCCAUUGAUGAGGCCAUAGAGGAGGACGCUGGGGACAUCUGUGCUGGAGCAGGACGAGGCAAAGACAUUACCGCUGCCAUCCUGUCGGAGGAGGGGAGGGAGAGUCGCCGGCCAAUCAGAAGCCAGUGUCGCCCUGCCAGGAACAGGAAGAAGCGGAGACUCAAUGACCUGGAGAGUGACAGCACGGCAGCAGAAAGUGAGGACGAGUUCAUGCUCAGCAACAGCUCAGAGGAUGAGGAUUUUGGGGUAUCGGGAGCAGAUGAUUAUGAUGAGGAUGACGAAGAAAGGGGCAGUGACGUGGGCAGCUGGGACAGUAAGACCCGGCCCAGACGGACCGUGAAAGGAGUGAGAAAGCACCGAGCAGGCAGGACGGAGCACAGGGGCCGCAAGCGAAUGAGGCGGCAGCGGCGGCACUCGUCCGAGGAAGAAGAGGAAGAAAGUGAUGAAGACAUGGACUCGGACCAGUUCAGCGACAUGACUGACAGCGAGGCCGACAGGAAGAGACACGGUCUGAGGCGAGGCCAGCGCCAGCAGGUCAACUACCGCGAGACGUCGGCCUCCUCGGACAACUCCAGCCCCAGGGACAAGACGCCGGCACGCGGCAGGAAGGAGCGUCUGUCCAGCGACUACAGCGACGCGUCACCGUCUUCCAAAGACUCGGAAGAGGAGGAGGAUUAUAUAGACGAAGAAGAGGAUGACCGGAGGAGAGUGAGCAGGAGAAGACAGGAUGAAGAUCUCCGGAGGAGGAGGACGAGAGAAAAGCGGAGGAGAUACGCGGAAGAUAGAGACAGACGGAGGCAAAUGAGAAGCAAAAUAGAGGACAGAGACAGACAGAGGAGGUUAAAGAGGACAAGCAGAGAGGAGGAGCAUGUGGAGAACAUGGGCCGAGGCAAGAGGAGAGACAUUCUGUCACAGCAGCGGCGCAGGAGACUCGCACAGAUGCUGAAGAAACGGCGCCCAUCGACGGACGAGUCUGAGUCCGAGGACUCUGAGUCUGAGUCGUCAUCGGAAGAAGAUCGUCCAGUCCGCAAAAGGCUCAACCGCAUCGACUCUGACGAUGAAGAGGAGGAUGAGGAGGGAGGGCAGAAGAUGAAGAGGGACGACAGUGAUGCUCAGGUAAAGGGGAGGGGCCUCAGCCUGUCCCCCACAAACGGACAUCGGACUGCCAGAGGCCCAGCUGCGCCUGUGUUGAGCAAGGACAGUGUGGGGUCAGACAUGCUGGGGAGGCACAACGGCCCCUUGCAUCCGGAGGAGGAGGAGGAGGACUCGUUAAACUCUACACACCACAGUCCACAGUCAUGAUCCCUGGUCUAUGAAGCAACGCUCAUGUUUUGUUUCAGCUGUCCUUCAUCAGGUCACUUCCUCCUCCUCAUGUCGUGGUACAGUUCUAUCUGCACGCUGCUCACCAGUACCUGUGUCCUUUCGCCAUCUGCACUGCUCACUCAGCCAUCGUGACCUUUGCUCUCUGGGGAUCACACCCAGGAAGCUGUUUGUGGUGUAUUUCAUCCUGAAGCACUUCAUUAUUCUCAUAGCACUUAAAAGAACAGAACCAGUGUGAAACUCAAUGCUUGGGGGGGGCUCUUGACUUGCUGCUCUUAACAUGCAAAAAUUGUGGGUUUGGUUUUUCUUUGAUUUCUGCCUUAGAUAGUGGAUGUGAGCGCGUUUGUGCUUCUCUGCUGUGGUUGCAAACGACCACAAACCAUUAAAAUUAAUAAUAAUUAUUGAACACAGAUGUUUAAAAGUGGCAUCAUGGUGAUUUAUUUCUUUGGGAUGUCUGUACUGUGUUAUGCUUUAGUGAACUGAACUAAAUGGGUUAUUGUUAAAUGCAGACUGGGUGGAUCCAGCUCGGAGUCUGAUCUCAAACAUGUUGACUUUCACGCUGGUCGCUGUUUGCUGUACAGAACUUUGCCUCUACACUGUUUCUUGUAAGAUAAUAGAUGUUCUCUUCUCUUAGUCCGCUUGUAAAGUAUAGUGUUCUAUUUUCUAUAUGAAGGAGAGCCGGUGUGAUGCUACUGUGAGUCAUGUUGGAGCUGAGAGUCGUAACUGGUUUGGUUCAUUUCCCACCCACACAGAAGGAACAGGAGCGUCAGGUUCCUGUUACCUGGAGGUAGCAGAUGGAGAGAAGUCGUUCAGUCACAUCACUGUUUGGGUUCAGAUGAAGCGUUGAGUCAGUGUUCAAUGUUUGUGUGAUCCUGUAGAAAAUCCAGGAUCAGGCUUUUAAGCAGACGUGGAUGAUGGUUAUCAAGGUUUACUCUGAGGAGUAAAGAGAAAACAGAGAGUAAACAGAGAACCCUCUGUUCUUCACCUGCUGCUACAAAAGGUGGUUCAAGUUCACUAAUAACUAACAACACAGGAUGUUUGUAAUACGUGAUUUUGUUAAUAUAUGAGAAUGCGAAAUUAAAGAAAAGAAAAUCUGCAGCUGGUUAAUCAGUGAAAACGAUCAAAGCAGCUGUGAACAAGUUGUUUGAGGUAAAAUCCCCCAAAGUGUUCAAAGCAAACUACACAUUAAAUGUCCCAUCUUCCUGACACUUUAUUUUCAAUUUAAGAUGCAUUUUUCAGUUUGAUUCAGUUUGAAGAUUUAAUGAUAUGACCAAAAACCACCAAACAUCCGUAAAGUGAAACCUGCUGAUUUGAGUUAAUGAUCAUGUGUCAGAUAAAACACAUCUGACUGAGUCUGUGUUUUUAGAACCACAGAAGAUGUCAAGUUUGUUCUUUAUUGCAGUUUAAAUCAAUGUGUGUCGUCUGUGACGUGAUCUCACACCAGAAUCCUUCUGAAUCAUUUUGAAGAGUCCAGCAUGCUGUGAUGACAGAAGGGGAUUUAAAUAUAGACUUAAGAAAAAAUUUGAACUUAAUGAAAAAAAAAUUUGUUUGGUUUUUACUUACAAAUGUGACUUGGUCCUGAGAUGGUUCAGGUCUGUCAUCAGAUUGAACAUCUUUGACUCUGGGUUUUAAGAGCUGUUUCAGAUUCUGCUCCUGUUCUCUUCACAACAUUGGUCCUGGUGUGAAAUUAUGUUUAGGGAAGUUCUCAGCUGUGCUCCUCAUGCUCAAUAUCAAGAUUUUAUUCAGAUUUACAGUAAAUAACUUUUUUUAUGCUGUUUUUUCAGUGCUACAAUUGGUGAUAAAACAAUUGUCUGUCUGUUAAAGACAAAAAUAAUCUGCUGACUUGUUUGAGCAGUAAUGAUUAACGUGUGUUUAGCUGAUGUUCGGCUCAUCUGGACUCAAACAGGCUCCACUGGACAUAAAUAUGGCUCCUCUCAUGUUUCUGUUGUACUGUUACUGUAGUUUCACUGUAACAAAUGUUUUCUAAGUUAUUAAAAACAACAUUCAACAGAUCUCCUCAAAAACA